AAUAAUAAUGUUUUAAAUUAUUAAAUUAUACAAUUUAAUUUUCGAGCUGAUUGGUUAUUUUAGUUAGUCAACUGAUGUAAUUCUAAAAAAAUAAUAAUAUUUUUCAAUAACUUUAAUUUUAGUUCAUGUUCAUAGCUCAUUGUGUGUGUCAUAUUAUUUUAAAAAGCUAAAACAAUGUACUUUCCAUGUAUUGUGUUAUUUUUAACCGGUUGUGGACUGAUAUUUGCUGAAUUGGAAGAAAAUGUACAUAUUGAUGAUAGUAAAUUUGGACCGUUGGAACAACCAGAUUCUCCAAAAAAUUUUACAACUGUACCACAAGUAACUGAUUUUACCGAUAUCCUAACUAUAAGUAAUGCUAUAAAAAGCUUUCAGAAAAAAAUGGAACAAGAACAUAAUUACUUGCCAACUAUGCAAGCAUAUUUAACUACAAGCACUGCUAGUAAUGGUGGAAAAGAAUUUAAAUUAAGUACGUUUUUAUCAUCAGUUAUAUAUGCUGAAAUUGUUACUGACAAUACAAAUACCAGUCAACCAUCCAUUAAUGAACCAUUAGCCAAUGUUACAACAGCUAAUAAUUCAAGGAUUGUAAAUUGUACUACAGUCGUACCUUUAAAUCAAACAGAAAUUUCAGUUGAGGUUGUUAAUUCAUCACGACUUGGAUAUAUCUUAAAAUCUGAUCCUGAAGUAAAUAGUCGUCGUGAAUCUGGUGUUUGUUCAUUAGUGUUAUUUUAUGCUAGAUCAUGUCAAUUCAGCACUCUAGCUGCACCUCACUUCAAUGUACUUCCAAGAAUAUUUCCUCAAAUUAAAAUGGUAGCUUUUAAUGCUAUAUCUGAACAAAGAUUUAACACAAUGUAUGGUAUAACUGGAGUGCCAUCAUUAGUUUUAUUCCAUAAUGGAAAACCUAUUGCUAAGUACAAUGGUUCUGAUUAUUCACUUUAUGAGUUUACUAAGUUUGUUAUUAGACAUACAGAUCUCACUCCAAAUGAAAAAGUGGAAAUUUCUGUGACAGACUUUGUAAAACCUGUUCCUGGAUUUGGGAACCGUGAUUAUGAUUAUUCUCUCUGGUUAGCAUGGUUUGUAAUUAUAUUCUGGAUGCUAGUUUAUGUUAGGACUAUGCAAUUUUGGAGUACAUUUGUUGAAGACAUAAAGAAUAUAUGGCGUGAAGCUGAAGCACAACAUGAACAUACAGAUUAAGUUAAUGUAAAUAUUUUUUUUUACUGUGUUAUUGUUUUAUUAUUUUUUUAAUUAAUUUCUCGUUAUUUUUA